AUGGCAAUUGGCGGUAAUUUGGAUCGAGUUCCAGGUUCCAUUUUGUCGGUAUGCUACAGCUCGAAUGAGCGCAGCAUUUCAAGGUUGAUGGCGGAGUUUCUAGCUCAAAAAGAUGCAGACGAAAGUAAGAAGACCCUUUUUUACGUGGAUGCCAUGGAUCGGUUUCCCGUGGCAGAAUUUUGUGAGCUGCUGCCACCCCAGGAGCACGCUGCGUUGUUUGAAAACGUUCGCGUCCUGACAAGUCUAGAUAUGGACGAGUUGUCAAGCACGGUGGGCCAAAUUUCGCGAUCCAUAUUUGCUGCACGUUCCACACACCACCGUUCGGCAACAAGUGACCACACGACAGCUGUGGAACCGGCACCUCAAGCGCUCAUUGUAGUGCGAGGUUUCGAUGUGAUUUUUAGAAACACAGCCUUGAAGGACCAACAGCAUGCCCAUCGGUCUCUGAAGGACACGAUGCUGCGACUACGUAUGCUGGGCAACCUGGACGAUUUUGGAGCCCGCACGAUCCUCAUUUUCCCACCCUUACAAGCACCGCCAUUAACCCACGAAACUAAACCAGGCCUGCAGCCGCCGCUUCAAAAACGCCACAAGUCAGGAGCACCGUCUUUUCAAAACAACAAUUCUGUCUCCGCAUAUGUCAUGAAGUUCUAUGCUGAUUCUGUCAUAGAUGUUGAUACUUGA